GUGUUUUAUUCGGAUGUGGCAACAUUGACCGGCAUAGAAUUCGGCUAGUUUUAUCGUCUGUGUUGUUGUGUUAAUUUCAAGUUCAGUGGUAGGCUUAAAAAAAGAAAUCGAUACGAAAAAAGAAAAUAAAUCACACACGAAGCUUUUAUCAUAAAUACUCUUUACAAUAAAACACACAACUCUGUUUAAUUGAUUACAAGUUGCAAGCAAAGAGCAAAAAAAUAUACGGUGACAAUGGCUUGGCGAUUCAAAGCAUCCAAAUAUAAGAAUGCCGCACCAAUCGUACCCAAGGCGGAGGCUUGCAUACGUGAAAUAUGUGUAGGUUCCUAUCAAACCUAUGGCAAUAAUAUUGCAGCCUCAGCGGCAUUCAUGGCUUUCAACUGGGAACAUACUGGCUCCAGUGUGGCUGUAUUGGCUUUGGAUGAUUGUGGUCGUAAAAGCAAAACUAUGCCUCUGCUACAUGCCCAUACAGACACUGUGACCGAUAUGAGUUUCUCACCCUUUCACGAUGGUCUGUUGGCUACAGCCUCUCAGGAUUGCAUGGUAAAAAUUUGGCAUAUACCCGAAAAGGGUUUGGAAACAUCGCUAUCGGAUCCCGAAUGUGUAUUUUCACACAAACAGAGGCGUGUGGAGACAGUAGGUUUCCAUCCAACAGCUGAUGGUCUUUUGCAUUCCACUUCUAUGGGCUGUGUAACGCUAUUCGACUUGACACAACAGAAAGAAAUUUAUUCCAACAAUGAACAUCCCGAAGUUAUACAAUCCGCCAGUUGGAAACAAGAUGGCACAGUUUUAGCCACUAGCUGCAAAGACAAAUAUCUGCGCAUUUUGGAUCCUCGUGUUAAUGGUUCUCCCAUACAAAUGUCGGUCGAGUCUCAUCAAAGCAUUAAAGACUCUCGUGUAGUUUGGUUGGGAAAUCAAUCACGUAUUUUGACCACCGGUUUCGAUGCUUCUCGCCUCAGACAAGUAAUUAUACGUGAUAUUAGAAAUUUGUCAGUUCCCGAAAAAACCCUAGAGUUGGAUUGCUCUACUGGCAUAUUGAUGCCACUGUACGAUCCCGAUACUAAUAUGUUGUUUUUGGCUGGUAAGGGAGAUACGACCAUCAACUAUUUGGAAGUUACCGACAAGGAUCCCUUCCUCAUUGAGGGUCUGCGGCAUACGGGUGAACAAACUAAGGGUGCUUGCUUGGUGCCAAAGAGAGCUCUUAAAGUUAUGGAGGGUGAGGUGAAUCGUGUGCUACAAUUGACCUCAAAUAUGGUUAUACCAAUUAUGUAUCAGGUGCCACGUAAGACUUAUCGUGAUUUUCACAGUGAUUUAUAUCCCGAUACGACUAGUUGUCGUACCGAAUUGACGGCCGCUGAUUGGAUGAGCGGUACAAAUAUGGCGGUUCCAAAAAUGAGUUUGGAUCCAGCCAAACGUGAACUCGGAGAUGCUCCAGUUAUUAUUCAUCGUGGAAAUUUACAAGAAUAUGUUAAAAAUAUUGAAAACAAAAAACUUGUUCUACUGGAUGAGAAAACUAAUAAAAAACAACAUUUGAACGGUUGUCACAAUAAUCCCCAACAAAUUAUAGCCAAAUCUUUGAAGUCACCCAAACAAGAAGUAGUCGAUGCCGAGGAUUUCCAAAGAGAUGAACUAUCGACAAUAUUUAAAAAAUUCGAUGCUAAAUAUAAAACAGAUUCAGAGAAAGAAAUGAUGGUAGACGACAACAAUGAGGUAGGAGCCCAACAGAACUCACCACCUUCAGAAGAUUCACCCAAUACAGAGGAUUCGUCAUCGUCUUCGGUGCCGAAGCCAAUGCCACGUACAUCGCGUAAUAACUCAUUGCCAGAUGCCCAGCCACAAUCACCAUUAGAGUCAAAUAAUGUCAUGCCUAAGCCAAGACCUAGAACGUCGGCGGGAGCUUAUAAGCCUCGCUUGGGUCCUAAACCUUUCUCCAGCAACUCUGUAGAUGUUUCCUUCGAUAAAGUAUUUGCUGUUCCCGUAGCCCCUGGCUCCCAAGAGAAUCUGUCACAAUCUUGUAACCCUACUCCAUCAAAUGACAGUGAGUCCUCCUCUAACAGCACGAAACCCGAUUUAAUAGUGGAAAUUGAAAUAAAAAAACAAUCUUCAGGCUCUGAUGGCGAAAAUAAUGGUCUACAAAAGUCUCUCUCAACUUCCGAAAGACGCAAAUCCUCUCUGGAUGAUGAAGAUUCCAGUGACAAGAUUUUUGAACAAAAUCAUUCAGAAUCCUCGGAGAAUUCGACAGAAGGCGAUGAUAAGCCUGAUUCAGAAUUGCGUAGAUUUUCGCCAGCACGCAGUAGCAUUGCGGAAAGAAGACGUCUGUAUGAAUUACACUCAAAGAGUACUACCGAGGAAAGAUCUCAGUCGCCAGUACCAUUACGCCGUGAAUUAUCUAAAGUUGAGUGUACUAAAUCGAAUGCAAUUGAUAUUAAGAGAACUUCUGUGCCCGAGGGCAAGAUGUUGGAUGAAAGACGUCGUAAUUUACCUACAAAAGAGGUAGCAGACACUGCAGCCGGCAUUAAAAAAUCAGCUACAGAAACUGCUAUAACCACCUCAACUAAACGUACUUCGACUGUCUUUGGUAAAGUAUCAAAAUUCCGCCAUUUAAAAGGUACACCCGGGCACAAGUCCACGCACAUUGAAAAUGUACGCAAUCUAAGUAGACAAAUACCCGGUGAAUGUAAUGGUUUCACAGCAAAUCAUGAACGUGUUGCUGUUCCCCUAUCGGGUCCCGGCGGUAAAAUUGCCAUAUUUGAGUUAACAAAACCAGGACGUUUGCCAGAUGGUGUCAUACCCUCUCUGGUGAAUGGCAGUAAUAUUAUGGAUUUCCAAUGGGAUCCUUACGAUCCGAAACGUUUGGCUGUGGCUUGCGACGAUGGCAUGGUUAAAUUGUGGCGCAUUCCGGAAGGUGGUCUGUUGGAACCCACCAAUGCUCCCGAACAGGAAUUAACCGCACAUUCGGAUAAGAUUUACUUUAUACGUUUUCAUCCCUUGGCCCAAGACAUUUUGCUAACGGCCAGCUACGAUAUGUCGAUAAAGUUGUGGAAUUUGCAAACCAUGGAGGAGAAAUGUGUUUUAACUGGUCAUUCGGAUCAAAUAUUCGACUUUGCUUGGAGUCCUUGUGGAAAAUAUGGUGCUACCGUAAGUAAAGAUGGUAAAAUUCGUAUAUACAAUCCACGUAAAUCGGAGACACCCAUACGUGAGGGCAAUGGACCGGUGGGUACUCGUGGUGCUCGUAUUGUUUGGGCUUUGGAUGGUCAAUAUAUUGUGUGCACUGGUUUCGAUAAAGUCUCGGAACGUCAAAUAAGUGUUUACAAAUCGGAUCAUCUAAAUGCCCCCUUAAACACCGCUAGUUUAGAUGUUUCCCCUUCAAUUUUAAUACCAUUCUACGAUGAGGACAGUUCCACCUUGUUUGUUGCAGGCAAAGGAGACUCUACAAUUUACUGCUAUGAAAUCACCGAUGAGGAACCGUUUAUAUGCCCCUUGUCACAUCAUCGCUGUAAUUCGCUACACCAGGGUUUAAGUUUUCUUACCAAAAAUCACUGUGAUGUGGCCAGUGUUGAGUUCUGUAAGGCCUACCGUUUGACAAACACCACAAUUGAACCUUUGAGUUUUACGGUGCCACGUAUUAAGAGUGAACUUUUCCAAGAUGAUCUAUUUCCCCCCACACGCGUUACUUGGCUAGCCACCAUGUCGGCCGAGGAAUGGUUCUUAUCGAAUGAUAAAAAACCCAAGAAAAUUAGUUUACAACCUGAAGGCAUGGAUACUUUGUCAUCUAUCCAACCAGUGGUUAGUCAAACAAAACCAUCUGUUGUCCAUCAGUCGGCGGCUUCAGCGGCUGGGGAACAAUUGAAUAAAUUUGAUAUUGAUAAGAACAAACAAAAAGAAAUUCAAAAAUCAGUUAGUGCCCGCAUGGAAUACAACACCAAAUUAGAACAAGACGACAUGGAGGGUGUUGACGAGAACGAAUGGCAAGAUUAAGUUUAACAUUAGACUCACAUGUCUUAACCAAAACCCAAUAAGCAAAAAAAAGAAA